AUGGUACUUUGGCUACUAUGUAUCAUCAGCCUUUCUUUUCUGAGUCGUCUGAUUCCCAUUGCUCAACAAGAACAGCACACCUGUGCUGCACCGGCAUGCGAAUUCGGUAAACCGGAUGCAGUGAAUGUGCAUAUUCUGGCGCACAGUCAUCUCGAUGUGGGUUGGGUUCGUACCGUGGAUCAGUACUACUACGAUUCGGUAAAAUCUAUUUUGGACUCGGUUAUCGAACAGUUAGACUCAGUCAAACACUAUCGGUUCACAUUCGCAGAGAUCGCAUUCUUUCAUCGUUGGUGGCAAGAUCAGGAUGCAAACAUUCGCGAUCGGGUCCGGGAGCUGGUCAAACGAGGCGCGUUGGAAUUCGGUCUGGGUGGAUGGGUCAGUGCGGAUGAGGCCACUGUGUACUAUGCAGAUGCGAUUGAUCAACUUCGUCUGGGUCGAAAUUUUAUUCAACGUGAAUUUGGUCAAUGUGGAUUACCUAGAAUUGCUUGGCAAUUGGAUUCGUUUGGUCAUGCACGUGAUCAUGCGAAUCUGUUCCUCGGUUCCGGCUACGAUGCGAUCGUAUUUCAGCGAGUGGAUCACGAAGAGAAAAAGUCCCGGGCUAGAGAGAAAUCACUACAGCUGCUUUGGGAUACAUCCGUCCCGGGUGGGAUAGACAAUCAUGAUCACGGUAACAGAACAAUACCAUCAGGUACACUGUUCACUCAUAUUUUAUCCACAUCCUAUUGUGAUUACAUCACUCAUGAUGGGCAUACUGUUUUGAAUAGUUUGGAAAAACGUGUGGAAGAAUAUCAGACCAACCAUAUUGCCUAUCUGAUGGGAUGUGAUUUCGAAUUUCAAGAUGCGAAAAUCCAAUUGGACAUGUUGGAUCGUUUGGUUCAGUCGUUGAACGGGCUUUCGGUGCACGGAAAGCUGAUCAACGCAUUCUUUUCCACACCAAUCUGUUACACGCAAGCAGUGAAUAAAGCUUUCAACAACAGUACAAUGAGCAUACCCAGACGGGCGGGUGAUUUUAUGCCCCUGGCUUCCAGGAGACAUCCAUUAAGACCGCUUGGACUCCAGACAUACCACAUUGAACGCGUCCAAACAAGCCAGUUGACCGGACAGAAGAAACACGCAUGGAUUAAACCGAAAUCUCACUCGACGUCGGAUUGGAAGUUUGUUUUGAAAUCGGACAACUACAGCCCGUGGGUUUUGUUGGAAGCGAUCAAUCGGAAUGGACUGGGACGCAUCACUAUUCGCAUUGAGCUGUUGAUGUAUGUGAGACCACAGUUGUACGGUGGUGCAUCUGGGGCUUACAUUUUCUCGUCCUGGUUCGAGGCCACAUAUGUCGGCCAUCCUAAAUUUCUGGAAUUCAAACAGGAAUUGUUCCAUCAAAUAACAGUACAAUAUGGAAACUGGGCCUCAAUGGAUGUACGUCUGUACAAUGAUAAUCAAAUUGAGGUUGAGUGGACCAUCGGUCCCAUGCCGGACAAUCACGGUACAACUAAUCGUGAUGUUAUCAUUCGUUACACAUUGGAAGCAGAUCCACCUACCUUAAACCCAUUUACCCCCGGAGAAUUUUACACCGAUUCUGCUGGUCGGCGACUGAUCCGGCGUGUCAGACACAAACGACCGGACUGGAACGUGACACGACUGGAUCCCGGAUCGGACUCAUUGCCGAUUAGCGGCAACUACUAUCCGAUUGUGAAUCGAAUUUUGAUCAAAGGCGCUGAAACACCGUCGAACAGUAGUCGGUCAUCACAAAUGGCCUUUGCUGUCUAUCCGGAUCGAGCUGAGGGUGGAACCAGUUUGGUCGACGGGCAGAUUGAACUGAUGCUUCAUCGACGCAUCCUAUCGGAUGAUUAUUUGGGCAUGGGAGAAACUCUGGCAGAGAACGGGAUCGAUGGCAAAGGUCUUAUUGUUCGCGGUAAACAUAUCAUUCGCUUGGCCGAAUGGAGCCAUUUAUGUACUGAAGAUCGUCUUAUGGCUGAAUAUGUGACACGACCACCGCUAGCUUUGUUUGCUCCAACCACCGGCCCUGUACAAUGGGAUUGGAAAAUGAGACCAUGGAUGGGAUUAACUCGAUCGUUACCUCAUGCCGUACACCUGGUCAGCUUGAUGCGUUGGCCACAGUCCUACAACGGGAAGCCCCAGUCAUCGAAUGGAUUGUUAGUUCUCUUUGACUAUCACGUGACGGACGAACAUGCCAGGGAACCCUACGAAUUAUCAAUCAGUGAUUUGUUCCAACAGGUGUGUGUGACGGACGCGGAAGAAGUGACUCUAACCGGGGAGCAGUUCAUCGCGGACAUGCUCAACAAACGUUUGAAAUGGCCCGGUGAGACAUUGGCCAGGAAUCACGAGGUAGUUUCAAGAAAUGGGACAAAACAUGUUCGAAAGAUUGAUGAGAGCGUGUUGCUCGUACUCCAACCCGGUCAAAUUCAAGCUUUUGUUCUCAAGUAUAUCCCUCAUACAAAUUGUUGUUCCAUUUGA